CUCUCUCUCUCUCUCUCUCUGCAUUAUACAAAGCUCAAGCAGCACGAAGUGUUCUUCAGUCUCAGAGCAAUACAGACAGUGAUUGUUCACUAUGGAUCAGAUAAGACUGAUAUUUGUCUGCGUUUUGCUCUUUGCAGCAGCUCUACCUGGUGAAUGCAUCACAGGUGGAAAGGAGUCUGAGGCACACUCUCGUCCUUACAUGGCUUCACUUCAGUGGAAUGGAAAACAUGAGUGCGGUGGCUUCCUCAUCUCCAGUCAGUGGGUCAUGAGUGCGGCACACUGCUUGCAGGAUGGGAGGGCAUCUGGUGUCCAGGUUGUGUUGGGAGCUCACUCACUGUCCACAGCUGAGGACACUAAACAAACCUUUGAUGUCUCUGCAGUCUACAACCAUCCUGAUUUCAGUUUCAGCAACUACGACAAUGAUAUUGCCCUCCUUAAGCUCGAAACGCCAAUCAAAGAAAGCUCUGCAGCAAAACCUUUGAAAUUCCAACGUGAGGGAGGGGUUGACCCUGAGAAGGGUGCUGUUGUGGACACAGCCGGGUGGGGCUCUUUGAACAACCUGGGAGAGCGACCAGACAAAUUGCAAGAGCUUAGUGUCACUGUCUUUGAACGAAUGCUCUGUGGCCGUGCUGAUUACUAUGGAAGGAAGUUCACCAGCAACAUGCUCUGUGCUGCGGAAAAACGAAAGGACACUUGUGAUGGUGACUCUGGUGGUCCUCUGCUGUACAAGGGCAUUGCUGUGGGGAUAACCUCUAAUGGAGGGAAGAAAUGUGGCUCCAGCAGAAAGCCUGGACUCUACACUAUCAUUUCCCACUAUACUCAGUGGAUUGACCGUACAACAACCCAGUAAAGAGGGAUAUAUAUAUAUAUAUAUAUAUAUAUAUAUAUAUAUAUAUAUAUAUAUAUAUAUAUAUAUAUAUAUAUAUACA